UGCAGCCACCCGAAGAAAAGAAAAAAAGGGAACCCAGCCAUGCCUUGAGAAAACCGGUAGAAAGCCUUACAUUCCUCCUUCUUUCUUGUCCAAAAACCAGAUUUGGAGCCUUGAAAUCUUCCCCCCUGCAGAAUUUUCGGAUCUGCCCUGCUUUGCUCUGUUCUUCCGCCGGCUGCUCCUGCUUUGUGGGGGUGAUUUGCUCCGGUUUUGGUUUCCCAUGAAUUUUCUGCACUUCCCGUCGGCCUCCCCAAGUCACAACUCCGGUUCUUGCUGGAUUUAUGGAAACGAAACCGAGGAUGGGGAAACCACGGGAAGUGACGAGUUAGAAGGCUAGCCAUUUCGAGAUUUGAUAUAGAUUUUACAUGUAGAUCAUGAUCUUGUAAACUGGAUUUUAAUUGGAGAUUUUAUAAAUUCAUUGAAUGGAU